AUGUGCUCCCAUUGCACAGAGAAUGUUCCUGUCAAAACUGACCUCGGCCUGGCAAUGUUCGACGUCAUCUCCCAACAAGAUGAAAGUGGAGUCUGGAGUAUGACAGACAACACUAAUCGUCACUUGCAAGCGCUGUUUGCUGCUGUUGCUGCGUACAACGCUCCGCCACUUGAAAAUGGGGGACGACCCCUUGCGAAGCGUACAGCGGUUAUUUGGGCACAGAAGGAGUUUUGGAGGAGGAAAUUCCUUCAGAGGCCUAUCCCGGGUUCAUAG